CCACUCGAUACCUCCAGAUCAAAUGCCGCCCCAGUUUAUAUCUGAAGUUAUGAAAUCGUCCAUCCAUUAUUCUCCUGUUUUGCAGAUAAAUCCUCCUGGAAUCCUUUUGCAGCUCUCCGCUAUCCCCAAGUCCAAACUCGAGUCGUCACAAUGCCUCACCAGUCGUUGACUCGUGCCGAGGUUGCGAAGAACAACACAGAAGAUUCACUUUGGCUUGUAAUCGAUUCAAAGGUAUACGAUGUGACCGAAUUCCUGGCUGCGCACCCUGGCGGAGAAUCGGUUUUGAAGCAAGUGGCAGGACAAGACGCAACAGAGGCUUUCUAUAACCUCCACCGGCAGGAAGUCCUCCAGAAAUAUGGGAAUCUUUGCAUUGGGACAAUCGAGGGAGAAAAGCCUCAGGUCAUUGAGCACCACCCAGGCGAUUUAAGCGUCGUCCCAUACGGCGAGCCGACAUGGCUUACGCCCCAAUUCAAGAGCCCCUACUAUAAGGAGAGUCAUCGUCGUCUCCAGAGAGCGAUGAGGAUAUUCACGGACACGUAUAUAACUCCUGUGGCUCAAGAAUGCGAGAGAACAGGCCAGCAUAUACCUCAGCACCUGAUUGAUAGGAUGUCCAAAGCUGGCAUUCUCCAUAUGCGUCUUGGUCCAGGGAAACAUCUGCAUGGCGUUGAAUUGAUGGGUGGAGCUGUUAAGGGCGAGGAAUUUGAUUACUUCCAUGAUCUAAUUGUAACACAAGAACUGGUACGCGCGAAUGCUCGCGGAUUCCAGGAUGGCAACAUGGCUGGGAUGACCAUUUCUCUUACGGCCGUCCUUCAAUUUGCGAAUAAUGAAGAGUGGAAAAACAAAAUUGCCCAAGAGGUUUUUAGCGGCAAGAAGAAGAUAUGUUUAGCCAUCACGGAAGCAUUUGCCGGGUCUGAUGUUGCCGGUAUCCGGACAACUGCAGAGAAGACGAAGGAUGGAAAGUACUACAUUGUGAAUGGAACCAAGAAAUGGAUCACAAACGGAGUCUUCUGUGACUAUUUCGUGACCGGAGUGAAGACUGACAAGGGUCUUUCGGUGAUAGUUAUCGAGAGAGGUGAGGGGGUAGAAACAACUCCAAUUAAGACGGCAUACUCUGCCGCAGCAGGUACAACUUUCAUCACCUUUGACAACGUGAAAGUUCCCGUGGAGAACCUACUUGGUGUAGAGAACAAGGGAAUUCAUGUGAUACUGUCGAAUUUCAACCAUGAAAGAUGGAUGAUGACCUGUGCCGUGGUCCGUAUGAGCCGACUUGUGACAGAAGAAUGUCUCAAAUGGAGCAACCAGAGACUCGUUUUUGGGAAGAAGCUCAUUGAGCAGCCAGUAAUACGCCAAAAGCUGGCCAAAAUGAUCGCACACUGUGAAGCAAACCAAGCCUGGUUGGAGAACAUUACAUACCAAAUGACUCUCAUGCCAUAUAAGCAACAGUCUAUCCACCUUGCUGGUCCUAUCGGACUGCUGAAGAUGUUUGCUACAAGGAGUGCCCAUGAGUGUGCGGAUGAGGCCGUUCAGAUCUUCGGCGGAAGAGCUCUCACUCAAACGGGCAUGGGAAGGACAAUUGAGAUGUUCCACAGAACAUACAAGUUCGAUGCAAUCCUGGGAGGCGCAGAAGAGGUUUUGGGUGACCUUGGAGUCCGGCAGGCACUGAAGAAUAUGCCUAAAAGCAUGCUGUAGGAUGUUCUCUUGGACGAAUUUGAAACGGCCAUUUAUAUACUUAGGUACGGUACAUAUAGCCGGAAAAGAGAAGCCUUACUAGAUUCUGUAUGCUUGGUCACUGCUUUUGCAGCAUGGCAGAGUAAAUGUAUAGAUCAAGAAUUAUAUCACCACUGCUUCUGUUUAGCCAU